AUGACAUCGAUCAACGAUAUUCGAACGAAAAUCAAAUUAGAAGAUACCGAACUUCUGAAUACGACAUCAACAAACUUUCCUGGGAAUUAUCCAGGUUACGAUGAUCGUUUAAAUCUAGAGGAAUUCAAAAAAAAGCUCCAAAUUCAGAUUUUAAAUUUGAAUGAUACAACAACUGAAUUUGAUAUCAUUGGCACGGACGCAUCGAUUACAAAUGCAUUUCGUCGUAUACUCAUUGCUGAAUUGCCAUCAAUGGCUAUUGAAAAAGUUCAUAUCACGGAAAAUUCAUCGGUUUUACCAGACGAUGUACUCGCUCAUCGGCUAGGCUUAAUUCCAUUGCGUGCCGAUGCUCGGUUAUUUGUGGACAAAGCGCCUGGUGACACACGAGAAUGUGAAGAAGAUACGUUAAUCUUCAAACUCAAAGUAAUAUGUAAGAAAAAUCCGAAAGCAAUCGCAGAUGGAAAUGAUGAUCCGAAAAAUCUCUAUAUUAAUAGCAGUGUCUAUACGGAACACAUGGAAUGGAUACCAAUUGGCAAUCAAGCAACAAAGUAUAAAGUCGAGGAUAUUGGGCCAGUGUUUAAUGAUAUUUUGAUUGUUAAACUUCGUCCGGGCCAAGAAAUAGAUCUCAAACUCGUCUGUCAUAAAGGUAUUGGCCGUGAUCAUGCCAAAUUCUCACCAGUUUGUACGGCAUCUUAUCGUCUAAUGCCUGAGAUUAUCUUAAAAGAGCCAAUUUAUGAUCAAGACGCCGAAGAAUUACAAAAAUGUUUUACACAAGGUGUUAUCGAACUCGAAGACGAUAAGAACGGUCGCCGUCGUGCUGUUGUCGCCAAGCCACGACUCGAUAUGUGUAGCCGUGAAGCACUUCGUCAUCCAGAAUUCAAAGAUUGCAUUGAAUUGAACAAAAUUCGUGAUCAUUUCAUUUUUAGCAUCGAAAGUGCUGGUGCUGUUCCACCCGAUCAGCUGUUUAUCGAUGCAAUCAAACUACUCAUGUCGAAAUGCGAUCGACUAUUACAAGAAAUCGAUGGUAAUACAAACAAUUAA